AUGGAUUUGGAUGUACCAGCUGAGUUUAAAUACCCAACCUUUACUCCAAUAUAUCUUACAGGAUUAGAUAUUAUUUAUAAUGCUAAUCAUAAAUCUAUUUGGGAUUAUUUUUGUAAUAAUCGCAAACCAAAUCAAUUGCCUAUAGACUUUGAGAUUUUCCCUCUUGACCAUAAUUUUCCAAAACCUCAUACAAAAAGAAUCAAUUACGAGUGGUAUAUACCAAAGGGAUUGAUAAAAAAGAAUUGGAUAAAUAAGCAUUUGCAUGUCAUACCAAGUGUCAUAGUAUUUUUUUAUGAACUUGAUUGGAAUGAUGUUUCUUGGGAGGAAAAAAAAUUAGAGUGUGGUACACGUUUAAAUAUUUUAAGGGACAGUUUACAAAAUAGAGUUACCAAAAUAAUUGUUGUUUUGAUUCAAAAUAAUUCUCAUUUUCCUCCAGGCGAAGAAAUUCUGGCUACAGAACGAGCAGCCGAUUUCUGCAAUACUUUUAAUUUGCCUCCCAAACAUCUAUAUAUUUUACCUUUCUCGGACUUAUUUUAUGGCUAUACAUUAAAAUUAGAAAUAGCGUUUUACGAAAUAGCCCAGGCCUAUUACAAUGAGAAGAUAAAAAAUGUCAAAUCUCAUAUAUCUUACCUGAACAAGAACUUACACCAGGCUUUGAUAGUGAGAUACAAUUUCAAAAAUGCCUUCUUCAAUGAAAUGAAACAAGAUCUUCCCUCAGCCCUAAAAUGCUACUUGCUAGCUUACGAUUGCCUCUCGGAGAUGAGAGUUCCGGAUAGUAAUUUAAUCGAGAUAAAAGUGGUAUCCGGUUUGAUAAUUUAUAAGAUUUGUAAACUCAAUUUCGAGAAAAACUCACCACUUGACGCCAUAGCAAUAUUUCGCAAACAUUUAGAUAUAUAUCGUACUAAAGUUGGAUCUUAUGAAUUAUCCUUUGAGCAUUGCGCUUGGCUAGAAUACCAAUACAAAAAUUUUGGUGAUCUUUUCGAAAAAGCUACUCAAGGUAGCUUGAUAGCCAUACAAGCUCAGCAUCCGGGAUAUUAUUACGUCAAAGCUGCUCAGGAGGCAAUAUCACGCAAAAAGAUUAUAACGCUUAUAUUUUCGCAAUCGAAUAAUAUGGAUACAUCCUUUCAUGUGCCGCCUUAUCCUUCUCCUGAUCCCUUGGCUGGUAUUGAAAGUUUGGAAUAUUAUGGUCAGAGACCCUGGAAGCAGGGAAAUUUAAACACGGAACACCUGGAUGUUAACAAAGAGAAAUUUGGAAUUUUAGCGUUGCAAAUCAGGGAAUUCAAUACGGAUCAUUCACAGAAAAUCAUAUCUUUGCUUAACAUCUCUGUUAAUCAAUUUCAUCAUCACCGUUCCCCUAGGCUCAAAAACUAUCUGUUACUUAGAAUAGCUGAAGAACAUUUCAAAUCCUGCAAUAUAAGCAAAUGCAUCGAAAUUAUAACCGCGAUUACAUCUCAUUUUAGGGCUAACAAAUGGUGGCUAUUGUUUACCUCUUGCUUGGAUCUCAGUCUUAAGUGCGCCUAUUUGACCGCGAACGUGCAACUCUACAUCGAAACUUGUUUAGAGCUCUUGGGGAAAAAAGCUAUGAUUUCGCUCAAUGAUAAAAAUGAAAUAUACUUAAAUCUAAUCAAAAUUUUGAACAAACAAAUUCCUUCACCCGAGAAAAUAGCUUCCACCGAUAAAAAUAUUAAUCUUUCCCAUAGGAACGCGCACAAUUUAUGGCUAGAAAAGGGAUAUGAUAAGAAUAUUAAUACAAAUGUAAACACUGACAUGUACUCAUGCGUUACAACCCAACCUAUAUUUAUAUCUAUGGAUCAGUUAUCCACUACCAGUUUAUUACAACCCAUUUUAUAUUUAACUUCAGAGCAAGUCAAAAUAAGAAUUUGGAUAUCGUUAACGAUUCCCGAUUUCGUAGAAGUAACCUCCAACAUGGCAGAGCCUACCCCGCCUUCCUUGUUCGAUUACUUGACCAAUCUUUCUAUAGUAUUCUCCAUUUCAUCUCUGGACAAGCCCCUUUCAUCCAACGUAAAUCAAGAAUAUCUGAAUGAAUUAGAGAAUUUACAAAAUUCGGGACAAGAAAAUACUUUAAAUGUUGCAAAUGAUUAUUUGUGGGAUUUGGGAAGCGAUUCUCUCCAAUUACUCGCCACUUCCCCAACCUCUGAUUCUAAUUAUACUGCAAUAAAAAUUACGGAUAACAAUCAUACGGCUAGCCAUUUUAUCGAGGAUCAAAGUGUCUCUUUGAAUUCUUUGACUAUUCAAGAAGUCGAGAAAAACUUUAAAAAACAUUCAGACCCUAAUGGGAAAGUUAAAACCUUUUACAAAGAACGUUUUAUACCAUACACGCAUCUUCCCGUUUAUGUCAAGAUUAAAGGGUUAUCAUUGGGGCUCGGUUCUAAAUCGCCUGUCAAGCUUGAAUGGAACAUUGAUAAAGGCGCAUUUUUGUCCAUUCAAUACCUUAACAGUUCAUCUCUCCCUCAAAAUGACCUUAACUCUACUAGCCUCGUUAUUGCUUCGUUAGAUAACCGAAAAUUGCCUACCAUUCAAGUUGAAACAGUACCCAAAUCUGAAAACAUCCUAAAACAAAACUAUGUUUUUUAUGAUGAAAUCACGGAAUGGGAAACACGGUUGACAUAUAUAAGUAGUGCUGAUGUGCAAGAAAGUUACGAAUUUUACGAUUUCAAAAUCGAUUUUUAUACCAACAUGUCAUCUUCUCCUCACUCUGAAACAUUGAUUUCCCAUUCUAUGGAAUCCUUUCAAAAUUUUGACGCUUCCAUUUUAAAAAAUCACAUAGAUUUAAAUGACAACCAAGUUUUAGACGAUGCUAAUUGUGAUAAUAUAACCUUACAAAAUAAUAUUUUUACUUUGUGCACCCGUAAUCAGCCUUUCCUCAUGGGAGAUAUAGCUCAACCCAACAAUAUAAAAAAUUUCAUAAUAUCGACACGUGUUGGUUGCAAAAUUAAAUUAAAAAAUACUGAACAAGUUAUUGAAGAGAAUCACGAAAAGAUUUUUUGGGGAAAAACAUGCGAAUUUAAAGUUUUAGCACCUUUUAACCUUAAUUGUCAGGUAUAUCCACCUAUAAUAUAUGUAAAUGAUAAAGUAGGAGCCAACAUGAUCUCAGUAGUGACUUGUUUGGAGCUUGGAACAAAAGGUACUCCACAUUGCGACGACGACACAACUUUGUUCGAAAUAGAAGAUUAUGAAUUAAAACUGCCAGAACUUAAGGAGAAUGCGAUAGAUUAUAAUAUUAGCCUGGUAUCUGAUGUACUUAAAGGUUCAGAAACGUGCCGAAGAUAUGAGAGAGGCAAAUUAUCCGUUCGAUUACAUUCCUCUUUGCCGGUAAAGCUUAGAGGGAGCGAAUCACUAGCUUUGGCCUUCUCGUUCGAAAUAAACAAAAAUACCCAAUAUUUACCGCCUAAUCACUUCAUUAUUGGCACUUUAUGCGUGAUCUGGAGAAAGAUAAGUAUUUUGCACCACGGAAACUUAAAGAACCCAACGUUUAAAAGUUAUUUUGAUUUCGAUAAAAAAGUGGAAAUUGAAAAUUCGAUUUGUCCUUUAGAUCUCAAUCUAGAUAUAUCACCCACCAGGCCUGUGUCAGAGCUCGUUAAUAUAGACAAUUUGAUUCCUCAAAAUUUACAAAGUUAUAACCUUCAUUGGUUUAAGGUUCACGAUGUAUUAAGAGUUAUUUACACUCUAACCAAUAACUCCACUACCAUGAUAUACCAAGGCAAAGUUGCUAUGGGUGAAAGUCAAUCUUUCAUAUUUUCAGGUAUGAAAGAAAUGUCUAUCCCGUUUAAAUUAAUGCCUUUAGGUGGCAGUUCUUCAUUUCAUUACAACAUGAUGCCCUUAAAUGUAGGAUUGCAGACCUUGCCUAAACUUGGUAUUCAAAUUGAAAAUUUUAAUGAACUUAAUGACACCACGAUUUUAUUCAAAAAUAUUCCAUCAUCUAUAUACGUGUAUCCUGCUAAUAAGCUAUAAACGUUAAUUUUAUCACAUUCUUGAUGUUAAACCUGCUGUGUAUAUACUUACAUUUUAAUUAAUUAUAUUAGAUUGGCUAAAAAGAAAAUAAAUAAGAAUGAUAGUUAUUAUAAUAUACUAGAUAGGGCAGUGGCGUAGCUACGGAUGUGGUUUUCGGGUUUGGACCCCUCCCAGAGCAAAUUUUUUUUUUUAGAGUAU